UUAAAUAAGGUGUACUCGUUUAAAACAAAAUACGAAAACAAUAUUGAGGACAAUUGCAGUUCAUACACUUUGGACAACACUGCUCCAACUUAUGAUUUUCCUAUUUUUUUAAAAGUUGUCAAAGGGCUAAAUGGUAUUGAUAAUACCGUAUCAUUUCAAUCUCCAUUAAAUGAAACGUAUUUUCGUCACAAGUAUUAUAAGAUCUAUUUGGAGUACGAAUCAUCAGACUUAUUUAAAAAUGAUGCAUCAUUUAUAUUGCAAGAACACAAGUUCUAUCAAAACUUCACAGUAAUUCAAUCCUACAACUAUCCAAAUUAUUUCAUCUUCAGUUGUAAUCGUCGUUUAUAUAUUGUUGAUGAAAAUACUUCAGUAGAUUAUAAAAACCGUUUUAGCUUUAAAAUAUCAGAAACUAAUAAUGUUAAUUGUAUUGAUGGUUGGAUACAAAAUGGAACCUAUUGUUAUUUUUUCCAUAAUGCAAGUGAUAAGGAACAGGGAAAAAGUUGGUAUGAAUCUUUUUUAUCGUGUAAAAACUAUGGUGGAAAAUUGUUAAGUAUUGGCAAUAAAGAAGAAAAUGCUUUCAUUAAAGAACAGCUCAAAAAAGAUGUAACUGGGAGUUACUGGCUUGGUCUAAACAUUUCAUCAGAAAGAAGUUUUUCCUGGUCUGAUAAUACAAUUUUACAGUUUACUGAUUGGAAGUCAGGCGAACCAAACAAUUGGAAUGAUAUGAAUGAGUCUUGCGUGGAAGCAACAUUAAAUGGUUGGAAUGACAAUACUUGUGAUCAAUUAUUGGGAUUUAUAUGUAAAUACAAGAUAGUAUAUAAUGGUUUUUGUAAUGAAGAUCUUUGUGGACAGUUAUUUGAUAUAAAUAGAUCUUUUUGGACGUCAUGGAGCUAUUGGUCGAGUUGUGAUAAUAAAUAUGGGUUUAUGAACAGAUCAAGAAGUUGCAUUGUAUCAAAUCCAAUAAAUCAGUGUAACGGAGAAAACAUUGAUGUAAUGGAAUGCUAUGGAGUUACAAUAAAUGUUAUCGAGAAUCAACUACAAACUGAAUCAUACGAAACAACUGUAAGCAUGCUCAGUUGCAAUAAUGUACAAUUGCUACUUGAUUUUGGUGAUAAAACACCUGUUACAAAUAUAAAAAAUAUCAAUGCUUUUACUUUAAAACAUUGUACCUACACUGAAAUUCAUAGGUAUUCUGUGUGUCAACCAUAUACAAUCACUGCAUAUGUUUUCGAUAGUUAUAGGAAUACUACUACUCCAAUAUUCAGCAGUUCUGCAAACGUUAGAGUGUUUUGCAACCUAUCUCUUUUAAAUGUUAUUACAGCACCACCAAUAUCUCUAAGUGGAUAUGUUCAAUUAUUUUUAAACAAAAGUAUAACAUUAGACAUCUAUCAAAAGACUGGAUCAAAUAUGAUAUAUUCAAUUGAUUGGGGAGAUGGAAAUUCUACUGUUAAUAAUCAGACUUUGAACUCUAGUCCUGUUUCAUUUCAAGUUCAGCAUAUGUAUAAAAGUGUUAACAAUUACACUUUAUCUGUUACAUGCUGGAAUGAUUUGCAGACUCUCAGUCCAGUUUUUUUACUAAUCAUGGUAACAAAUUGUUCUUUUCCCGAAAUAAUUUUUUAUUAUGGAACUGUUUACAAUCCAAUGACUAUUAUAAAAAGUACUGGAAGAGAUUUAACAGCUUUUGUUGAAAGUGUUGAUCCAUUUUAUAGUAAUGUAACCUUUGAAUGGGAUCUCACUAGUUCUGCUUUUAAGCCUAUAGUAACUAAACAAAAAGGUGUACUAUAUCAGCAAAAAGUUACUUACUCAAUUUUAAAAAAUUCACUUGAUUUUGGUGCUUACAUACUGUCAUUAAAAUGUAGAUAUGGUAACACUUCAGCAAUUUAUACUGCUUACUUAAAUGUUACAUUUUCACCACUCUAUAUGGAAAUUGAUAAAGGUAUAUUUGCAUCUGUUGCAUACAAAAAGAAAUUUGGAUAUGAAAGUUUUUAUCAAAAUUUUAAAGUCAGUGCAGUGUCUAGCUAUGAUCCAGAUGACCCAUUAGUUGGAACUCAAAAUAUAACUUUUAGCUGGAAAUGUAAAACUGCUUCAAAUUUUUCUUACGCUAUAGUUGCUAUGAAGAACUUCACUCUUUUGAGACCAGCAUUUUUAAGUAAUACUUGUUUUAAUGAAUCCUGGAUAGAUAUUCCUUCAAACCUUUCAGAAAUAGUUUUUAGUACACAACAGUUUUUAGAAGAUAUUAAUUAUCAUAUUGAAGUUUGUGGAACGAAAUAUGUUGGGAAAGAUGUAUAUUCUAUUGAUUACUACAAGAAAAGCUGUUUUGCUCAAGAAAUUUUUAUUUCAGGAAGUUUUCCAACUGUUACAUUAAAGUGCAUAUCGAACUGUGAUACUAAACUAAAUUUUAAAGAGCGUUUGAUAUAUUCAUUUGACUGUCAAGAUUGUGGCUAUCAAAGAGUGGUGGCUAAUUGGACUAUAGAAGAUGAAACUGGAAAUUUUCCGUUAGAACUUUCUGUUCCAAAUGCUUCUUCUACAGGAUUUUUUAACCCUAGUCUUGUAAUUAAUAAAAAUAUACUUCUUGAAUCAAAAACAUACACAUUUAUCUUAGUGGUUGGUUAUGCAAACUCUUUAAAAAGGGCCAAGUUUAAGUUUAAAAAGUCAACUUGUUCUCAGCCUACCUCAGGGUAUUGCAUUAUUAACCCAACUGAAGGAUUUGCCCUAAAAGCAAAGUUUAUCCUUUUUUGUAAUGGAUGGAGAGAUUCUGAUGGAUUGCUUAGCUACGAAUUUUACUAUGAUAACGGUCAGUCACAACAAAUUAAACUUAAUGGUGUAACUUCAAUUGAUUAUCCCAUCUUAAAUGCAGGUACUGCUGACCAACCAAGUUUAAUAAACUUCAUAAUGGGCCCAGGUGAUGAGAGCAGCGAUUACAAAACCAGAAUUAUUAUAAAAGUGAUUGGCAAAUACAAAGCAUACACAGAAUAUUAUCUAUAUAUUAAGGUGUACCCAAAUAAUGAACCGACAAAUUUAAAAAGCUUUCUAACUGACAUCAGUCUAAAUGAUACACAAAGUAUUGCUAAUCUUGUUCAAGCAGUUAGCUAUAAUAUGAAAAAUAAUUCAGCAAAUCAAUAUAAUAUCUCUUCGUCAUCUGUUAAUGAACUUUAUGAUAUGAAAAAAGAGCAGGAGCUUUAUGAUAUGAAAAAAGAGCAGGAGCUGUCUAGUUUACAAGAAUGUACAGCGCUAACUGUUGUAAAAGGAGGACUUUCUGUCAUAUUCAGCGUUAUGUCUAUCUCAGCUGGAUGUCUUACAUAUUGUCUUGAACCUGUACCUACAUAA